AUGGCAGCGAACCAGAGCAUCAAGGAGCUCCUGGCGGCCGAGACCAAGGCGUCCAAGAUCAUCAGUGAUGCCCGUCAAGAACGUGGCGAGCGACUGAAACAGGCCAAACUCGAGGCCGAGGCCGAGAUCACGGCAUACCGUAAUCAAAUGGAACAAUCGUUCCAAAUGAGCAGCAACAAUGACCUAAUGGGAGACGAUCCGAGCAUUCUGGAAGAGGAGACCGCGCGUGCCAUUACAAAGAUGCAGGCCGAGUUUGAGCAGAACAAGCAGUCGGUCAUUAGCAUGAUGGGACAACAUGCGGUUCGUGUGCAGAUCCGUGUGCCCGAGGCUCGUAAAGCAUAA